AUGUCACUUCCAGCAUCUGCCGAGGCCCUGGUUAUCAGGCUCGACAGUACUAACACCCCAAGGCUUGUCAAGGAGACGGUACCCGUGCCCAAGCCUGGCGAGCAUCAGCUUUUGGUCAAAGUGUCUUACGUAGCCCAGAACCCAACAGAUGUCCAGUCAUUUGACAGCAACGCCUUCGGUGAUGGUGCCAUCCUGGGCUGCGACUUUGUUGGCGUGGUUGAAGAAAUCGGUCCGAAUGUGACAAGAAUCGCCAAGGGAACGACCAUUGCGGGCUUGAUCUGGGGAGGUGGCAUCAAGGGCCUUGGGGGAUACAGCCAGUACACCAUUGCUGAUGAACGAAUUUGCUUUCCAGUUCCUCAGCAGCUGAGCCCAGAGGCAGCAUCUACCAUUCCCCUCGCGUCCUGCACAGCUGCACUCAGUCUCUUUUCAAAAGACUGUCUAGCCAUUGACACCAGCGGUGAAGAAAAACCUGCGGUUCUGAUUUGGGGUGGCAGCUCAAGUGUAGGACUUUACGCGAUCCAAAUUGCGAGAUUGAACGGACUGGAAAUCAUUACGACCUGCAGUCCAAAGCAUCACUAUCUUGUCAAGUCUUAUGGAGCGAUGGAAGCAUUUGACUAUCGAGACCCGCAGGUGGUUGAGAAGAUCCGACAGGCAGCUCCCGGUCUUCGAUACGUGUUUGAUACUAUCGGAAACACGACCUCUUCCAACAUGGCCUCACGCGCAAUCUCUCACCAAGACGGCGUCCUCUGCACCGUCCGCCCCGGCAAAGCUAACACCGAAGAGGUGGAUAAGGGUGUCAAGAUUACUGACGUCCUCGUCUGGACAGCUUUUAUGAAAGAGCAUCGCUAUGGGAAAUUCCACUGGCCGGCUAGUCAAGAAGACCACAAACUUGCUUCGGAUUUCUUUCAGAAGUUACCUGCGCUUCUUUCUUCGGGCCAGAUCAAGCCAAACUCUUAUAAGCUCUUCAAGAACGGUUUUGACGACGUAUCCCGGGGAUUUCAGGAGUACCGCGACGGUAGUAUCUCAAACUAUAAGAUUGUUUACAAGGUUUAG